AGGAAGUGUAAUUUGGACCCUAAAAAAAUUAUACUCCGGGUUAUAUAAUGGUUAUUACUCCAUAUAAUAAGACCAGGAGUUUGUAGGCGGUAGGACUAGAACGUUCGCCCGACGCGCAGUCUUCCCCCUCCCCAGCAGUUUCUUUCCGUUCGAUGACCGCCGACCAGGUACUCUGCCGGACCACCGAGUUCUCGUCGUCGACCUCCAUCCUCGUCCUCCUUCCGUUGUUAAGCGUCCAAUCCGGCGAGACCAGAGGAGCAGCGGCGACCUUCCCUAUUAAUCUAGGGUUUUGAUUUCUUCAAUUUCUGAGGUGAGUUGUGGUUUCUAUACCUUCCGUUAGUGUUAGUUCGUAGAUUAGAACUCUUUUAGCGUGUAUUCUUGAAUUGAUCGUGAAUUUGGUUGUUUUUGAUUGAGAUGUUGUGGGUUAAAACCGGGCUGUUUUCCCGGCGGAACGCCGGCGGUGGGGCGGCGGUCCAGCCAGAGCCGGCAGUGGCUGGGGUUGGUCUUGGGGGAGUCCACUUGGAUUCAAUUGAGUCCAAUUGGUUCCCUUGGGUUCAAUUGGGUCCGGUUGGGUGCAACUGGAUGUAAUGGGGUCUGUUUGGUUUCAAAUAGAUGCUAUUGGGUCUGUUGGGGCUGUUUGGGUGGCCGAGUGUACCUAAACAGGGCUGUUUGGUCGGGCACUGAUGCCGGGUAGCAUUUGUGUAGUUCAAUAUCUUGUUAGAGAACUUCAAACUUCCUACAAUGUCAUGAAUCAACAUUUUCUCCACACAUUUUGUGAAUCUGUCACAUACUUCUUCAUCUGCAAGAAUUUGUCGUGCAUUUGGAUAGAACAAUUGAGGAUUUAAAUGGUAUCCUGCACAUGUAAUGGAGAAUGUAGGUUGUCAUCCAAAUGCUUAUCUAUUAUCUUCCAAAUGGGCAGGAGAUGAGCUGUGAAGACCUACCACGGGACAAGAUUCACCAGAGAAGGCGAUUUAAGGUGACCAGUGGUGUCCGGACAGCUGAACAAACAUGGGGAUUAGCGCGCAGCGCUUCUCUGCGAUCUCUGUGCUCGGUCGACGCAGCGCUUCAGAAGCUCGAUCUCAUCGUCUAUGCCCGGAAGCUCCGUCUCUCCGUCUCAUCCGUCUGUGCUCGUUCGUCUCUCUGCCUGUGCUCCGAUUCACAGAUUAGCCGCUGCAAAGGGAACCAGUCGACAUGCGGCCGGCCCGGCCGCUGCCGCACCGACCGCCACCUCCGAAUCCGAGCAAUCGACGCCGCCCAACACAACGACUCCGAAUUGCAGAUCUCGAACAUCUCCCCGAACUCGAGACAGCUGAAAAUCGCGGUUUUAGGGUUCGGCAACUUCGGUCAAUUUCUGGCCAAGGCGUUCGUCCGGCAAGGCCACUCGGUGAUGGCUCACUCGCGCUCCGAUCACUCCCUCGCCGCCCAAUCGGUCGGCGCCUCCUUCUUCUCCGAUCCGCACGACCUCUGCGAGCAGCACCCUGACGUCAUCCUCCUCUGCACCUCCAUCAUCUCCGCCGAGGCAGUCCUCCGCUCCCUCCCGAUCCAAAGGCUGAGGCGCAGCACCCUAUUCGUGGACGUCCUCUCCGUGAAGGAAUUCCCUAAGAACAUCUUCCUCCAAUUCCUCCCCCAUCAUUUCGACGUCCUCUGCACUUACCCAAUGUUCGGGCCAGAGAGCGGGAAGGGCAGCUGGAGGGGGCUGCCCUUUGUGUUCGACAAGGUCCGAAUUGGGGAAGAGGAGUCCAGAUCGCUAAGGGCAGAGAGAUUCCUCGACAUUUUCGCGAGAGAAGGGUGCAGGAUGGUGGAAAUGAGCUGCGCAGAGCACGACAGGCACGCCGCGGGCUCCCAGUUCAUCACCCACACAAUGGGGAGAGUGCUGGAGAAGCUGGGGCUCGAAGCGACCCCGAUCAACACGAAGGGGUACGAGACACUGCUGGAUCUGGUGAAGAACACAGCCAGCGACAGCUUCGACUUGUACUACGGGCUGUUCAUGUACAACAAGAAUGCAAUGGAGCAGAUGGAGAGGCUCGACUUCGCAUUUGAGUCGCUGAAGAAAGAGCUAUUCGGGCAUUUGCACGACAAGUUGAGGAAGCAGUUGUUCCGCAAGGCGGAGGAGGAAACGGGGGAGAGAGUUGUGCUCUCAAAGUUGCCUAAGAAUGGCUUCUAUGCAUUGCCAUCUUCCAUGGGCAAGACGGAGGAAACUGGGGAGAGAGCUAGCAGGCUUUCCAAGUUGCCCAAGAAUGGCUAUGCAUUGCCAUCCUCUUCUUCUUCCUCUUCCUAUGAGCUUGUGAGAACCUAGAUCAGAGAAAAUAAUGAGCAAUUGAGCAGAUCACACAUCAUCAGAUCACAAAUCUUAGCCUUGGCCAUUAAAAAAAUUACGGAAAUGUUU